CCGACCUACAGAAGACAGUCGGGGCUAAGUUCGGCACCCCCGCACCGUAUCAGGUUCAGGGCUGAGGAAGGCAGAAGGGUUCUUACCAUACCUAUUGGGCAAAGGAAGAGACUGACCCACAACUGAGCUCCAAGACUCCUCGAGGUCACACUGAUGGUCAAGGCCUGCGCUCCCGUGUUUCAGAGAGAGAUGGAAGAGCGCUCGACUGCUGAAUUUAAAGCCGGGUGCCAAGGUGGGACCGGAGUCCCUGUCCCUAGGUGCAGCACAAAGGCGGCGGGAGGUCGCAGAGCUGGCACUGUCCUGUGUGGAAGCUGGGCGGGGAGCUGGCAGGGCGUGGAGUCCUCUCAGAGGCCAUGAGCACCUUGGAUGGGGCCGUUUCACUGUUGUCACAAAAAUGAGCAGGAUGCUCAGAGGCGUGUCACAGCAGACAACCAACCAGCUCCACACCGGCGUCUAAGUCCGUCCUCACAGCAGGGCUGGGACGCAGGUGUUAUUAGCCCUCACUUGGCGAAGCCGCUUGGUACGGAUCUUAAACUCCGCGCACCGCAGAGCAGGAGCUCUGAGUCCCCGCUCCUCCGUCCAAACCCAUCGGCCAGACUUUCGCGUGUGUAGACUGCAGCGGGAAAGCAUUCCGGAGGACGCGUUUCAGAGUGAAGCAGCAUGGAUGCCGUCAGCCAGGUCCCCAUGGAGGCUGUGCUCCCCAAGCACAUCCUGGAUAUCUGGGUCAUUGUCCUCAUCAUCCUGGCCACCAUUGUCAUCAUGACCUCUUUGUUACUGUGCCCGGCCACUGCGGUCAUUAUCUAUCGCAUGCGGACUCAUCCUGUCCUCAAUGGGGCUGUGUGAGAACCUCCCAAGAGGGGCAGUGAGGGAUGGGGAUGGUGUCCCCUCUCCCAGCCUUUUCCUUCUCAGAAAAGCGACGGGACGUGCUUUGCUGUGUGGACUCAGGAGCUUGAUAUAUGAGAGGAGAUCUGAGUUCUUGUUUGGAUUUUGCCACUGGCCAGCUGUGUGAGUUCAGUCAAGGGACCUAAUUCUGUGGGUUCCUGGUUCCUUUUAAAUGGGGGUCAUGAUCCCUGCCCUUCCUACCUCAUGGGGUUGUAAGAACCGAUGACUUGGUAGAGGUUAUGGCUGUUUGCGAUAGUGAGCAGCAAAGCCACCAUGGAUGUACAGGUGUCACUGCUGAAUGCUGAGAAGCUUUGAAGAACCAAACAACCUAAUUACUGAUGGUGGCCUUCAAGGUGGUGAGGGAGACACUGGGGGCAGAGCAGCCUUUGCCAGUGCCCCUCAGGUCAAACCAAGCAAAGGCACCCUAUCCGCAUUCCAAGGGGCCAGCAGCGGCACUUUGGUUCACAGCAUUUUCUUUGCUGUGCCCCUCUCUCACGUUAUAUAAUUUGGAGGGAACUGAGCACGGCAGGGGAAGGGAGAUGGGUCGAACUUCCCAGGACGUCUGUGCCAGAAUGUCGACAGUCAGGAGGGCUCUGCCAUUUCUUGGCAAUGCCAAGGGACCUGGGGUGACAGGCUUCUUUUUGCAUUGGAGUCUCAGCGCUGCGAUAGUCGAGCACUGCGGGAAAACACAGGGUGGUCGAGUUCCCUGGCCAGCUUUCAUGAUCUCCAGCCCCCACCCCCUUGUGUGCCCACACUUGAGAAAUGUCCCCCCACCCCAGCACCGGCUAUCAUCAGCUCCGUGGUAUAAAGUGCAUGCCCUUCCCUCCCUCCCACCAGCACUGCAACCAAUCUAAGCUACAGAUUUUAAGAGAUGUUCCCAGGACUUUUGGAACUAACUUAAAACAACGGUGGUUAUUUUAGAUGCUAUGAUCUAUAUUUAUAUAGAUUUCUGGACUGCUCAAGCUCUUUGACCAAAAUCAACGACAUCUUGGGAUUUAUUAAAUUAUGUAAUAGCACAGACAUCAGAAUAUUGUGUGGAAGUAAUGCCUUUACUUUGGUCUGAUUUCGUUGAUGUACACAACCAAUUUCCAAUAAAGUGCUAGAAUGAGCA